UCGAGCGGAGCUGUGUUGGUACUCCAUCAGUGUGCUUAGGGCUGAGUGUGGUUUGAGCGCUGGGUGUCUCCAAGCAUGGAGAGUGCCAACCUCACCUCCAGACCCGAUCCCAGGACAUGCAGUGCACAGAGCAGAGCGGUGCUCCUCCAUGUGCUGAUGAAGACGAAGCCCCUGACUUUCCUCCCACCAGGUGCCAGUGUCACCCGACCUAACAGCAGCCACAUGGCCAAGCUGGGUUGAGGGGAGGCAGUGGGCCAGUCCCAGCUGUAUGGCAGCAGCCAGGUGCCAGCCUGCAUUGCUGGCAGCCUGGCAUGGAGGUGGCACGGUCUCCCCGAGGGCUCACCCAUGGGGCUGCAGGGAGGUGUGUGCGCAGCAUUUCACAGGGCUGAUGGGGAUGCUGGAGCUGCAGCUGGUUGCGUGGUGGAAUGCAGCCCUAUGGGUGCUGUCAGCACAAAGGGGAGGUGGUGCCAGGAGGCUUUGCAGAAGAGGGGAUGUGGGGCAUCACCCGUGCGUCCUUGUUGACCUCCAGCUUUGUCACCGCCGUGCUGGCUGGUGGCAGCAUGGCCGUCCUGGUGCAGUGAGCGGUGGGAGGGGGACCCCCAGUGCCCAUCCCUCAGAGGGACAGCGGCAGCGUCUGUCCCUGCGCCCAUGCUUUCAGGAGGGGAUGUCACCCGAGGGGCUGCGUGGGGCAGAGCCAGCAGCGGGCAGUGGUGGCUGCGUCUAUUUUUGUCCCUCUCUGCCCUGGUGGGGUUGCUGACUGCAGCACGGCAGUGAGCACAGCGAGUGGCUCCGGGGCCUUUUUUGCAACUUCCUCCGCCCGCGCUGCUGCCGCAUUAAAAAAGCAGGGUCCUAAAAAUGAGGAACCACGGAGCCGGGCAGGGCAGGGAGGAGCACGGAGCAGCUGUGACCGGCCAGCCCUGGUGCCCGGAGACCCCCUAAGCCCCCCCAUCGUCCCCUACCCAGGGUCACCUCUGUGCCUGGCCUGCAUCCCACCGCCCCGCUGCACCAUGGCGUCCCGCAUUGGGCUGCGGAUGGAGCUGAUGAAGCAGCAAGCACAGCAGGAGGCCGAGCGGGAGCGCGCUCAGCAGCAGCUGAUGAUGAACUACAUGCAGCAGCAGCGCAUGCCGGUGGCCUCCACCCCCGCCAUCAACACCCCCAUCCACUAUCAGUCCCCACCGCCCGUGCCUGGAGAAGUCCUCAAGGUGCAGUCCUAUCUGGAGAACCCCACCACCUACCACCUGCAGAAGUCACGGGACAAGAAGGUUCAGGCAUAUCUCUCUGAGACCUAUGGGAACAAGUUUGCUGCCCACGUCAGCCCUGCCAGCCAUUCGCCAAAGCCACCCCCGGCUGCGUCCCCCAGCGUCCGGCCCGGCCACGUCAUGUCCUCCUCGGCGGGCAACAGCGCGCCCAACAGCCCCAUGGCCAUGCUCAACAUUGGCUCCAACCCUGAGCGGGAGUUUGAUGAGGUCAUCGAUGACAUCAUGCGUCUGGACGAUGUUCUGGGCUAUAUGAACCCCGAGGUCCACAUGCCCAACACGCUGCCGAUGUCCAGCAGUCACAUGAAUGUCUAUAGUGGGGACCCCCAGGUGACUGCCUCUCUCGUUGGUGUCACCAGCAGCUCCUGCCCUGCCGAGCUCACCCAGAAGAGAGAGCUGACAGAUGCUGAGAGCCGAGCCCUGGCAAAGGAGCGUCAGAAGAAAGACAAUCACAACCUGAUCGAGAGGCGGCGAAGGUUUAACAUCAACGACCGCAUCAAGGAGCUGGGGAUGCUGAUCCCCAAGGCCAAUGACCUGGACGUGCGCUGGAACAAAGGGACGAUCCUGAAAGCUUCUGUGGACUACAUCAAGAGGAUGCAGAAGGACCUGCAGAGAUCGCGGGACCUGGAGAACCACUCUCGGCGGCUGGAGAUGACAAACAAGCAGCUGCUACUCCGUAUCCAGGAGCUGGAGAUGCAGGCACGCGUGCAUGGGCUGCCCACCUCCUCGCCCUCAGGUGUCAACGUGGCCGAGCUGGCUCAGCAGGUGGUCAAGCAAGAGGCCGGUGCAGAUGAGGGGAUGCUGCCCCUCCCGGACCCUGAGUCACAGCCGGUGCUGCCUCCACCACCGCAGUCUCCUUACCACCAACUGGACUUUACCCACAGCCUGAGCUUUGACGACGGCUCCCAGGGCUUCCCGGACAGCCUGGAACCCGGCCACAGCGCUUCCUUCCCUUCCCUAUCCAAGAAGGAGCUGGACUUGAUGCUGCUGCAGGACACCAUGCUGCCCCUGGCCUCCGACCCCCUGUUCUCAGCCGUAUCCCCCGAGGCCUCCAAGGCCAGCAGUCGCCGGAGCAGCUUCAGCAUGGAAGACGCAGACAUGCUGUGACAAGGAGCUGCGCCCACGCUGGGGGCAAGGACUGGGCGUUCAAGUUUGGUUAGUGAAGUCACAGGGCACUCUUCCUCCUGGGGGAGGAGCCCGUCCUGCUGGGCACUUGAAUCUACAUAGGAGUACAUUUUCUCUAUGCAACGGGGUCUUGCUUCAAGGCUCGCCGGGUACCACCAUGUCUUUUGCAAGCUUUUUUGUUGCCCAGAGCUGGAGCCGACCUUCUCAGCUUGCCGUGGCGUUGGCCUGGCUGCAGCUUUUCCAGCCAGGCAGCAUGAUCUCGGGCUGCUUCGCCUCCCAACGUGUCCCUGCUGUGCUCCCUGUGUGGGCUCCAUGUCCUGGGUGUGAUGCUCACAGCUCUCUGCUUCACUGCCCCCUCCCAGUAUUCCCCUGCAGUGCCAUUGAUGGCUUUGUCACAGUGUCACCUCCCUGCUUGGGCUCCUCCUGACAGUGCCUCUCCAGGGCAGUAGGGAGAAGCAGUGCUCCAGUAGAGUAGGCAAAUUCCCAGGACAUGGGAGGGGAUGUCCUAUGGAAUUUUGUUGCUUCAGUGUCCUGGAGGUCCAGCAGCACUGUGUCCAUCAGCCACCGCACAGAAGUGCCUCUGCCCUGAAACACCACACUGUGCUCUCAGCUGGGGAGCAGCAUGUGGUUUUGAUGCUGAUUCUUUGGGUGCAUGCUGAGAGCUGACGUCCUGCCUGCAUCAGCAUGGCAGCCGUGCCAGGGGUGGCCUGUGCCCAUUGCUAAACCUGAGCAUCACUGCUUGUCCCACUGUUGGCAGCGUGCUCUCAACCUCACCCAUGGGGCUGUGGGAUGUGGAUCGUUGCUUCCCUGGCAGCGGGGGGGGGAACUAGGGGCGCGAGGGGGAAAAGUGAAAAAUACUGCACUGAUCUGUGAAGCCCAGAGGGGAGCACCAGGGAAGGCUGCAAGGAGCCCUCCGCAGUGCCCCAUCACAGCGCAGCACUGUGGGGCUGGGGGAGGUUGGGUGUUGGAGAGCAGGAGCCUGUGUGGGGGUGGGGGUCAGCGUGUGCCCUGUUCCACCAUGAGGAUGGGGAACAGUGGGGUGAGGUGGGGAAGGGAUGCGUGAGGCAGCCCCCGAGGAAUGCAGGAGAGGUGCCUGUGUGGUGUGGAGGGUGGGGGGAAGUGUGGAGGGUGGGGGGAGAGGAGGGAAGGGGCAGAGGGGAGAUGGCAGCAGGGCUGGCAGGGGCCAGUGGAGUUGGGGCUGUUUCAACCCGUGUGUUCACUGGAGGCCUUUGGGCAUCAUUGCCAUUAGUGCCUGCAAAGACAGAACUCCAGGAUGGGACAGCAUUCCUCCAGGGUGAGACAGUGUCCUCCAGGGUGAGACAGUGUCCUCCAGGAUGGAACAGUGGUCCUCCAGGAUGGGACAGUGGUCCUCCAGGAUGACAUGAUGUCCUCCAGGAUGAGACAGUGUCCUUCAGGACAGGACAGUGUUCCUCCAGGAUGGUUGUGCCAGGCCCUCCUGCUGCUGGGGCGCAUCUCCCAGUGCGUGAGCAAGCAGCUGUGGAUUAUUGUUAUUUUUUAAAUCUUUUCAGAGGUUUUGUUUGUUUGUUUGUUUUAUUUUUUAAUGCACUGUGCUCUGAUUAAAAAAAAAUUUACUACUGUUUUAUAAAGAAAUGUAUAAAAGAAUGAACUGGAAUGGAAGAAGAAUCAUUAAAAUAUAUUUAUUUACAACAAG